AUGGAUUUUCCGCCCCUGUGCUGGCUACGCCGCGGCACCACCUGCUUGUUUCACAUUUCGAUGAAUACGCCCAAGGAGACGACAGUCGGCAUGUGUGCUGUCUGUGGGAGGCAGGUUCAGGAGCAAAUAGCAGAUCUCGUAGGUAGUCCGGUCACGUUCAGCAAUGAACUUGUUCCCCUUAGCACCCUGAUCGGCCCCAUGCUUCGUACCUUCGCAGGGUCAUCUUUACGCUAUUUGGGAGAAGCUGGCUUGUCAGGGAGAGGCUCAGACGUUGAGCAUCCCCGACAGGGUCUGGGAACGGUCUUGUGGCGACUGAAGCCAUCGAAAUGGGUAGAUGAGCUGGUGCAAGCGCGCUACCUGCAGAUGUUCAACGACGUCAUAGUAAAAGGCUACCGAGAAUACACCCCGGGCAUUAGACGUAUCGAUGCAACUAAGGGACCCGAGGGACGCUUUCCAGCAAACGCCGAGCUCGAGAGACUUCGGACCGAGCCUGAGAGAGGGAUCAACACGCUGCGAGAGCAGCGGUCUCACGAGGAGACCGCCGACUUUCCCUAG